GGCCGAGGGGCUGCGCGGCACCCGAGCCUUUCUAAUGAAGGGAUCCGGCCCCACCCCCGUUCAAGUCCCGAGCCCGGAGGGAAGGGGAGAGGGCGCGAUGACCCGCCCGGUUCUCUCCCUUUUGUUCCUGUGCCCUUUGCUGGGAGGUCUCUGAGGCGGUGUGGUGAAAUGGCGAUGAUACCACACUUUGGGAUCAGCCGCCCUAGUUUCUGGUCCACUUUCUAGUGUGUGACCUUCGGCAAGUUCUGUCAACCACCAGUUCCCCAUCCAUCAACUGGGUGAUGGGAGCACAGGGGAUGGCUCAGAGUUAAGUGGGCUAAUGCAUAUGAAAAGUGCUCAGCACGCAUUCUGCCGCCUGUUGAACGCUCAGUCGCUGCUCGUUAAUAUCACUACGUUAUGGUUUACCAUCAGCUACCGAGCCGUGGUUCAGCCGGGCACUUUGCCCAAGACAAAACUAGCUCAGAUUCUAGUAGAGGUGGUAGACAACGAGUGGACCCGAGAGGUUCUGAGUGGUCACGUUUGUGCACAAAUUGGGUCAGGAGCCGUCGCGUCAGGAACUGGAGUUUGCUUCUCCUUACAGAGCAACAAGUCCUCUCUGAUUGACCGGGGAGGGUGGCGGGUGGUUUCAGUUUCGAUAGGAAAUCUCUGUCUUUGAACCUGGAGUCCAGUGUUAAGAAAGGAAGCUUGGAUGGAGGAGCCUUCACUUUGAGAGAAGCCCAUGAUUUGGUUGGAACAGCCUGUUUUUUAAAUCGCGCCUGAGGGUCCUUAUAAUCGAACUGAAGGCAUAGCCUGGACAUUCAGCCAUGGGAAGAUUCUCUCAUACUAACAGGAAACUUCAAAUAAUCUUUAUCCUAUUGAACAAUAUGGCAACUGCAAUACAGCAAUGGAGAUCUGAAGGUAGAAUAGCGGUAUGGCUGCACAUUCCCAUUCUCCAAAGCCGAUUUAUUGCCCCUGCCGCUUCCCUGGGCUUCUGCUUUCACCAUGCAGUAUCGGACUCCUCAACGCUCACACUGUGGCUGGGAGAGGGGCCCAGCAGAUUACCAGGAUAUGCUACACAUCAAGUAGGAGUUGCAGGAGCUGUAUUUGAUGAAAAUACUAGAAAAAUAUUGGUUGUACAAGAUCGAAAUAAAUUGAAAAACAUGUGGAAGUUUCCAGGAGGCUUGUCAGAGCCUGGAGAAGAUAUUGGAGACACAGCAGUUCGAGAAGUUUUUGAAGAGACUGGCAUAAAAUCAGAAUUCAGAUCCCUCCUCAGUAUUCGGCAACAGCACACCAAUCCUGGAGCUUUUGGGAAGUCAGAUAUGUACAUCAUCUGCCGCCUACAGCCGUGUUCAUUCACCAUAAAUUUUUGCCAGCACGAAUGCUUACGAUGUGAGUGGAUGGAUCUCAAUGACCUGGUCAAGACUGAAAACACGACUCCCAUCACCAGCAGAGUUGCUAGGCUGCUGCUGUAUGGGUACAGAGAAGGGUUUGACAAGAUUGAUCUGACCAUGGAAGAACUUCCGGCAGUUUACACAGGCUUGUUCUAUAAACUCUAUCAUAGAAAACUGCCAGACAAGUACAAAACUAUGACAUUAAUGGAUUAAAUUCAUAUUUACAUGUUUAAAAAAUUGUAGGUAAAUUUUACAUGUAGAUUAAUGCAUACCAUAUUACAAAUAGGGAACAUUUUGUGUUAACUAAAUAUCUGACUUUAAUUUUCUAAUGUGUAUGAUUUCCAUGAAGAAACUUGUUUGUAAGUGUGCAGAUUUUAAAAGCCUCUUUUCAAAUGAAGCAAAUGUAUGAAAAAGAUUGUAGCUCUAAGGAAGCUUCACUGGAUAAAGGCAAAUGCUCUAUAAAAAGUGGGAUUCUA